AUGCAUUGCAGAAGGUAUACAUCUCUGCCUCUUUGUAAUGGCCGAGGCAGUAUAGCAUUUGGAUUGCAGAAGCUAUGGGAGCUACUAAUUCGAGAAUCGAAUAGGCUAAAAGGAGUCCAUGAACAAGCUACGGAACUCCAAAGCGAUCUGAGACGGCUAAAAUCGUUUGUGAAGGAUGCAGAAACUAAGAAGAGAAAAAGCGAGAGAGUGAGAAACUGUGUGGGUGAUAUUGUAGAGAUUGUGUAUGAUGCUGAGGACGUAAUCGAGAGUUUUCUUAUCAAAGAAGAGAGGCGUGUAAGAGAAAGAAGAGGGUUUAAGAAGCAUUUAAAGAGUGUUUCUUGUGUUACAUUUGCUAACCAGGAGUUUUGUUCACAAAUCAGAAGCAUUAUCACUAGGAUCUCCAAGGUAAUAGAUAACAUGGAGAGAUUUGGAGUGAGAGAGAUCAUCGACAAACAAGAAGAAGAAGAAGACCUAUUGGGUCAUCUCGUGGAGAUACGACAAUCUUUUCCUAGCGUUUCUGAAAGCAGCCUUGUUGCUGUGGAGCCUAGUGUUGAAGAGCUAGUGAGUCAUAUUGUAGGGGAGGAUGGUGUUCAAGUGGUUUCGAUAUGUGGGAUGGGCGGUGUUGGGAAAACCACUCUAGCUAGACAAGUUUUUCAUCAUGAGAUGGUGCGGCGUCAUUUCAGUGGAUUCGCUUGGGUUUUUGUUUCACAAGAGUGUAGACAGAAGCAUGUGUGGCGGGUGAUGUUACAGAGCCUUAGGCCGAAAAAUGAGGAACAGAGGAUUUUGGAGAUGACAGUGUCUGGACUCCAAGAUGAGCUGUUUAAGUUACUUGAAACCGAGAAAUGUUUGAUUGUCCUUGAUGACAUUUGGAGCAGUGCAGCUUGGGAGCUUAUAAAGCCAGCUUUUCCACAUACAUCAGGUAGCAAGGUUUUACUCACUUCUAGGAAUGAGGGUGUUGGUUUGCAUCCAGAUCUAAAAGCCGUUAUCUUUAGGCCUAGAUGCCUAACUCAUGAAGAAAGCUGGGAAGUUUUUCAGAAGAUGGCUUUUUUUGGGAGAAACGAUAUAGAGUUUCAGGUUGAUGAUUUAAUGGAAGAGAUUCAACAAAUGCUCAAACAUUGUGGAGGGUUACCAUUAGCUUUGAAAACUCUUGGAGGGUUGUUAGCUACAAAACGCACUGCGUCCGGGUGGAGAAAGGUACACAACAAUAUUGGAUCUCAUAUUGUAGGAGAGAUUGGUGAAAAUGGCGGCAUUGGUAGUUUGGUAUUCAAUGUGUUAACUUUGAGUUAUGAAGAUUUACCUUGUCAUUUGAAGCACUGCUUUCUUUACCUUGCCCAUUUCCCGGAAGAUUAUGAUAUACAAACAGAGACAUUGUUCAAUUACUGGGUCGCAGAAGGAAUAGUGACGGUGCAUAAUGAAGAGAAUACUAUUGUAGAUAUAGCUGAGGAUUAUUUGGAAGAGUUGGUUAAAAGGAGUAUGGUAUUAGUGGGGAAGAGGAACACUGUGACAUCAAGAAUUGAAUCUUGUCGUCUGCAUGACAUUGUUAGAGAAGUCUGUUUAUUUAAAGCCAAAGAAGAGAAUUUCAUACAAUUUUUCAAUGCUCAGAGCCUUGUCACGAAUGCUACUAACGCUCCAUCACCUACUCUAUCCACCAACAGAUCACGCAGACUCGCUGUACAUUUAGUUGAUGAUGACGAAAAUGAACCUAGUAUAUUUCAGCAGAGACAGAUUCAAAACCCCAAAGCAAGGACCCUUUUGUAUAUCACUAGAGAUUUCAGUCCUUGGAUAUUAUCAUCCGCAAGUUAUCGAGGUUUAGGAUCACUUAGAGUCUUGGAUCUCUUUGGAGCUCAAUUCAGAAGACGCAAGUUACCUAAGAGCAUAGGGAAGCUCAUCCACUUGAGGUACCUGAGUUUGAAAGAGACAAACUUGUCUGUAUUGCCGUCUUCUCUAGGGAAUCUUGUGCUGUUGGUUUAUUUGGAUUUAGAGAUUUACGAGACAGUGGUUCACAUACCAAAUGUCUUAAAGAAGAUGAAGAAGCUGAGAUAUCUUAUGUUACCCGAUGAACUCAGCACUAAAACAAAGUUGGAGCUAAGUGCUUUAGUGAAGUUGGAGACCCUCAAGAACUUCUCGCUACAUCACAGUAGCGCUAAAGAUCUCACCAAUAUGACCAAACUCAGAACGUUGUGGAUCUAUUGUGCCUCCAUUAACCCUGGAGAGGAAGUUUUACCUUUGUCGCUUGGUGCAUCACUGAAACAGUUGGAGGAGUUGAUGUUAUACAAUAAAAGAAACGGCCAGGCCCAAGCCGUGACGAUCGAUGCAGGAGCCUUUGUUUCCGGUUUUGUAAGACUCAACCAGUUAAGUUUUGAUAUAAAGAUAGAUAAGUUACCUAAUGAACUUCAAUUCCCUUCCCGGAUCGCCUCUGUUUCUUUAUCCUCUUGUGACCUACCCGAGGAUCCAAUGCCAGUUCUCGAGAAGCUACAUAGCUUGAAAAUAGUUAGCUUAGAACUGAAUGCUUUCACAGGGAGGAAAAUGGUCUGCUCAAAAGCCGGCUUCCCUAAAUUGCACACGCUAGAGUUUUCGAUACUUGAUAAUCUUGAAGAGUGGGUCGUAGAAGAUGAGUCAAUGCCGUGUCUUUGUCAUUUAGAGAUCAAUGACUGCAGGAAGUUGAAGAGUCUUCCUGGUAGAUUAAGAUACAUCACUACUUUAGAGGAGCUUUGA